AUGACUUCCAUCUUCUCACGCUUAUUCCGACCUCUCUCUGCGUCUGCAAAUAGUGCCGCCGCCGCAUUCUCCGUCGCCACUCCGCGCCAAAACAGUAAUAGCUUCGUCACCAUGCCCGACAACGCGCAAAAGGCCACCUUGGCUGCAGGCUGCUUCUGGGGCGUCGAGCAUCUAUAUCGCAAGCAUUUCGCGAACGGGAAGGGUCUUUUAGAUGCCAAGGUUGGCUAUGCUGGUGGGAAGACAGAGUCGCCGACAUAUCGGCAGGUGUGCUCUGGGGAUACGGGACACGCCGAAGCUCUCCAGAUAACCUUCGACCCCUCCAUCGUCACAUACCGACAACUCCUCGAAUUCUUCUACCGCAUGCACGACGCCACCACCGCGAACAGACAGGGCCCGGACGUGGGCACACAGUACCGCAGCGCCAUAUUCACGCAUACCGACGACCAGGCGCAGAUAGCCAGAGAAAUCACGGACAAGGUGGCCAAGGAGUGGUACAAGCAGCCUGUAACCACGCAGAUUGUGCCGGCGGGGAAAUGGUGGGAUGCCGAGGAGUAUCAUCAGCUUUAUCUCGAGCAUAAUCCGAAUGGUUACGAGUGUCCUUCGCAGUGA